AAAUAUUUGCAGUAACGCUAGACUGCUGAAGUGCUUAGCGCUUUCUUUGCAAAGGUUGAAGCCUUCAAAACAUUUUGUGCCCAGCUCCAUACCCAAGCAGACGAUCUACACUAUAUUUUACAAACAGCAUCUAUCAGAUACCUACAGAGCAUCCAGCUCAUAGUGGCGGCUAGCAGACUGUGAUGGGCCGUUGCCAAAGCCAGAUGACUGUGCGUGACUUUCCACGGUAUCAGAAGGCAAAAAAUAAGUUGAGCAGUUCCUCGUCCAUCAAUCUUGCUCAUGAGGAGUCCCACCAAGGCAGGCCAGGAGGUUGGCACUGCUAGUGGCCGGACAGAGCAGGGAUGUGCUGUACGAGGCUUUGGUAAUUCUCCGUUACAUCUCCUCUGGAAGGAAUAAAGUGAGUUUUGAGAAAGGCCAGGACUACAGAGAUGUAAAGAAGCCCCUGUCCAGUUUCAAGGCACCCUGUGAGACGUGGGGCACAGCAGGGAAUAGAGAUGUGCUCUGUCUUUUAGGUCACUCGCCUCCAUUCAGAUUCAUUAUUCCAACACCAAAAUGAGUUUGUGCAACACUCAGAGCAGACAAGAGACUCAGUGGUCUGCGACUCUUGCAAAGGUGCCAUGAACCUUGAAGAGUAUUUUGCGAGAACUGGCUAUAAAGGUUCCCUUGAAAAACAAGAUUUGGAAACCUUAACUGAUAUAUUCCAGCACCACAUCCGUGCUGUUCCCUUCGAAAACCUCAGCAUCCAUUGUGGGGAGAAAAUUACUUUGGAGUUGGAGCACGUUUAUAACAAAAUCGUGCGGAGGAAGCGGGGUGGCUGGUGCAUGGAAAACAACCAGCUGUUGGGCUGGGUCCUGAAAUGCCUCGGGUACGACGCCAGCUUUCUGGGAGCGUAUGUGUUCAAUCCACAUCAAAACGCAUACGCCAGCAUCAUGACCCACCUCCUUGUAAAGGUCGUUAUCGAUGGCAAAGCCUACAUUGUUGAUGGAGGCUUUGGUGUAUCCUAUCAGAUGUGGCAACCGAUGGAGCUUAUGUCGGGGAAAGACCAGCCCCAGGCUCCCGGCGUCUUUCGCUUCACGGAAAAAAACGCCAUCUGGUAUCUUGAGAAAAUGAGACGGAAACAAUAUAUCCCCAAUCAAAAUUUCUCUAAUUCUGAUCUUCUGGAGAAAAAAGAGUGUCGGAAAGUUUAUAUGUUCAGCCUUGAGCCACGGACAGUGGAAGAUUUCCGUUUCCAGUGCACGUACCUUCAGACGUCUCCAGAUUCCCUCUUUACAAAGAAGUCCAUCUGCACCCUCCAGACCACCGAUGGCUUUCGAGCGCUAAUUGGGUGGACACUCACUGAGACCACAUACAACUACAAGGAAAAUAUGGAUCUGGUGGAAUUUGUAACUCUCGAAGACGAAGAGGUGGAAAAAACACUCAAAGAAAAAUUCAACAUAACCCUAGACAAAAAACUUGUCCCAAUUAAUGUCAAAGGAGUUUACACAAUCUAGAUGACCAGAAAAAUUGACAAUAAUGCUACAUAUGUAUAGUACCUUCCACUGUCUGUGCAAUCACUACUGUAAGAUUAUGGGAUUCUUUUGCAGGUGAUUGAAGGAAAAAUACAUUAAUACCAGAUUAAAGUGAAUUUCACUCUGGGAAGAAUCAGGAAUUUAAGACUCUUCUGUCAGGUAGAUAGAAUUAUUUGCUGUGAGAUGACUGCAGUUCGAUUUUUGGCACAAAUGUAGGAUCUGAUUUGAAUCUGGUUAUAAACUUGGGUAAUAAAUAUGUCUGGAGAAUUCUGGAGUGCCUAUAGCACAUAAAUAGGAGUAUGGAUUGUUAAUUGUGAUAUGCUGCCAACACAUUUUCUAUGGUUAUUAUAGGGAGAAAAGUCAUCUGUGAGCCUUUAGACAAUGAAGUACACAUUUAAAACUUCAUUUUACACAAGAGCUAACCACUGGCAGCUCAUCUCAUUUCUCUACCUUUAAUAUAAGUAAAACAAUGUCAUCUUUGAAAGGAGCGUUAGGAGACAUAAUUCUUUCACCGUCAUCCUUAGACAAAACAUAGUACAAAAUGAAAAUUAUCAUCACGUGCAUCCCUUUUUCCAUUGCUGCAGUAAACUGCCCAAAGUAAUUUUUGGUAUGCACAUACUUGCUGGCGAUGCAAAUUGAAUAUAUUGCAGCACUACAGUGGCUGAUGGGCUCUAAGGAGAUACCUACAAGCUUUGCUUCUGGUAAGUAAUCAGCCUAUAAAGGGCGAAUGGUGCUUAAACAUCACAACUGGCUUAGAUUUACUUCUAUCCCAAAAGGGGUGGAAAUUUUGUAUUUUUAGCAUUGUAUCAAAGUGAAAAAAAAAAUCAAAGAGCCAACCAAAUCUAAAGGAGUCUCUUUAGAAUUAUUUCACAAUCACAUUUCCCCAUUUUUAUUAAAAACCCAAACAAGGAAGCCACUGAGAAAAGGGAAACAUUCUUGAAUGCAUCAAAAAAAUUAGCAGUAACACUGAAACCCACCCUUUCUCCCCGAUCUAUGAUAAUCCUGAGUAUUGGACAAAUGUUGAUUCCUCCCACAUCUGAUGAUAAAUCUCACAAAUGAUCUAACUGUAUAACUGAAAAUAAAUAAAGGAAAAUAAAACCACAAACAGUUGCUGUAAAUACAGCCUCCUCCCCAACUGCAUGACUCCUGCACACACCAUUUGUGAAGUAAAUGAGGUCUGUUCAAUCGUGCUAUCGAUCUGCUGGCCAACUCAACCCACCACAAACUUCUUGAACCAAACAGGACAAUACUGAAUAAAAUCUACAGCAGCAUUGAAGAUGGAAGUUCCUAUAGGUUCCUGGAAAAAGAACUUGUAGGCUGAGGAAGAAGAUCAUCACUGAAGAGGAGGCCCAUAGUCACCUCCUCUGCUGGGCUCAGCCUGCUGACCGGCCAUGGUGGCAGCUGAUGGCUUGCGUGCACACGCACUUACACAGGGAUGAGGAACCAAGGGCCAAGCAGGAGGCAACAGGGGACACUGAAAGAUCUUACUGAGGUGGGAACACAGUUUUUCUAUAAAUAAUGGACCUAAGGACUUUGUUCUCUAAUUUGUGUUCAUAUUAUUCUCUUGUACUAAGGUCCCAUUAAGGGUUUUUACCCCUUUCUAAACGAUUGAUCAAACUGAGGUGUUCCCCAAGACCCCAAGGAACAUAACGAGCUUCAACACACUCACCACCUCCAUUCCAGCUGACAGAAAUUCCCAUCUGCAUUCACCCAGGUCACCAAACCAUAUUUCUAUAUGCCAUGAACUACAGUUGUUUUCUGGUGCUGCUGCCUCUCGUCUUGAGGACAGCGAUUAACAGAUGGUUAUCUUGCCUCCACACUUCUCUAGAGAUUUUCCUGCUGUUGCUCCCAGGUAAUUGCUCAGGUUAUGGUGUGCAAGGCUUUCUUGGGCACAAGUUUACAGACUCAUAUUGGCAUUUUUAACUGUGCCUGCAAUGACAGGACUUAACACGGAUACCCCCUUCUACUACUCAGUUCUUCCUAAAGAUCUACGGGGCUGCCGAUGACUGAAGCUUCAACCCUCUCUCUGACUCAAUCUGCUGAUAACCACUCUGAGUGGGAUUUUUCCUCUCAACGUGACAAUUAUAACCAGGUCCUCACUGUGCAACAUCAGAUCACGCGAAGAAAUGGCAACAUGUCCAGCUGAGGAACAGUUUCACAGUUUAGCUAAACCUCCCCAAAAGCUGAUGAAAGCAGGUUACUGAGGUGUGAAUGCCAGACCCCAAAUGUCUCAAAGGUUUGAGAUGAGAAUGGUGUAAAAACAAAGCAACCCAGAGGCCUCAUGCUGGGCUUCCAUUAGCAGAGCAUUAUUGUAGAAGGCAGAUGCUCUCCCAGACUAAAAAGAAAAGAAAUAAUCAAGUCCUUAAAGCAUCGGCUCUCAGAGAAACUUGCAUUCACAUGCAGAAGGGAAACAUGGGAUGCUGACAUCCUUCACCACCACUAUGCUUUAUUAACACUCUAUGAGAAAGGUUUAAUGAGAGGCUAAGCUAUUGUGCAGUUUUAGUUGCUGACUGUUGUUAAAAUGAAGUAGAACAAAUGCUUCGAACCCCCCCACUCAGAACUUGUCUAAUUCCAAAUACAAUUUAAAAGUGUGGUAUUCCAAUUAACAGAAAGACGAGACACUUUCUUUUAAAGUUUGAAAGCUGGAUUAAGUCCCAGAAUCCCAGCCCAGCUGCCCAUUACACACACACGCAAUGCCCAAUGGCAACGACAGCCAUCCGUGAUUGUAGAACUGUGUAAUGGAGUGUCUUAUUAGAAAACAAGAAGCAUAACAGAAGAAACACGGUUCAAACUCCAUGGCACCACUCCACAUCCUCUCCCCUCCCCAAAGAAUCAAAGUUUAAUCAGCUCAUGCAUUACUAAAGGGAGGAUACAGGAUGGCUCACUUCACUUGGACUCUGGUCCUGGACUUUUUAAGAUCCAGUACUAAACAGAACAAAAGUAACAAAACAAGAAACAUCAGCAAGAACGAUGAAGUUGUUCAAUACUUCCAUGUUUCCAACAUCAGCAGUUAUUACAAAAAUAACACUGUCAGCCUGUCAAAGGGAGGGACAAAACUUCACCUGACAAGAGACUUGCUUAAACUUAACAGUGUGCUGUCAAGUGAGCACGAGCUACAACACACACUUUGCUUUGUUCGCUUUAAUAGGUACCUUACUGUAACAGGCACAAACACUUCUGGUGCCUGGUAACUCUUUACCCAUUAAAUUUUGCAGGUAGCCAUUUUCUUUAACAAAAAUGCUUACUACCUAUCCCAGCUUGCUUUUGUUCUCAAAGAAGAAAUGCUUUUCAUUUAGGAAACAUGACCACGUGGGAAAGUUCUACAGCUUAGGAAGUUGCACAUGAAAAUGGAUCUGCAUUUGAGACUGUCAGAGCCGAGAAAGCUUGAAUUAAUGUAGGUUCGCAUUAUGAAUAUUUCACCACUAUACUUACAUCUCUGUCAAGAGUAGCUCAAGCACAGAUUUUAUGUAGCAGAAUGUUCCUACCCUGGCUAGGAAACUACAGUCAGACUUAAAAUACAUACAUAUAUAUAUAUACACACAUGUAUUUAUAAGGUUGGAAAUAUAGAUGGGUAUUUCAAACGAUCCCAUCAUAAAAUUUCUGCUUGUAACUUUGGGCACUUAAAAGUACUUUUAAAAAGUCAUGUAGGGCUGAUUUUUAGUUUUGUCUUGCUCAUAAUAAUGCAUUAUGAAUGGUGCUUUUAAAGGUGCAUUUUACAAACUCCCCAUGAAUAAGAGAUUGUGCUAAAAAUUAGUAGUUGGUCUUACUGUAGCAUUUUAACAUCUCACCUAGCCACCAGCUAAACGUGAACAGCAGAGCACCCAGAUUUGAAGACAAUAAUCCAAAACCUAUCAUUUCUUCAUAGUUGGUGUUGGGCACGUUUAGGAAACAGAACCACCACCUUUCCCACCCCCCUGCCAAAUUUCAAAAUCAUGAAUUUUCUAGGAAGCUGUUGAGAGUUCACUCAUGCUCUUACCCAUGCACCACGCCACUCACAUUUCCAGACAUCCCUCACAGAAUGACAUGAAAUUAAGGACCAACACAUGGCAGAAUGCCCUUUAAAUGUGCAAAGUUACCCCCACAUUGGACUGAACAGAACUCUGCAAUGCAAGCGAGCUCUCUGCACAGAGCCUUGACAAAGACAGACUUCCACAGAGUUCAUCUGAGCCACUAAUUGUUAUCAAAAUUACCCAAAAGCUCCUUUACAUGACACCACUGGAGCCUUCUCCAAUCCAUUCUCUCUCAGUGCAUGCAAUUGCAGUGACAUCUCCUGGUAGCUGGUGGUUCACUAGAGCACACUUUCCCCCUCGACUAUCCAGGAGAGCUUGAGCUACGCAGAAAUUCUCUCUCUGUUGAAGAAAUGUGUUCAGACAGAGGGGAAUCAUUUUCCUACUAAUAAGCAAGAAAGAAUAAUGGGAUAUAUUCUGAGUUUUUCCUGUGAUGACCAACAAUAAAUCAUUUCUUAGCUCAGGUCACAUCUUCCAUGGGAAGAAAAAUGUCUUGCCAUCAUUAACUUCUUUUCAGCUAGCAAUAAUAUAUGAUCAGAUUUUAAGUAAUUGAACCAGUAGUAUUUAAUUAGCUCUGAAAAACUCUCUCAGAUCAUGAAUCACAGACUUUCCACCUGUAUGAGGUCCUCUUACUAGGUUAAAAGUAUAUUUCUCUCUCCAUGUGUGAUUCAUCUUGAAUAUCUAAUGACGCACUCUUGAUAUACAGAUUGCAGUUCAUAUAUCACACACAAAAUACACCAGACACACAAGCUCUUUCUUUAUAUAAUUGAGUUUCAUGCCUUGUUUCACUGAGUUGUUAAAAAAAGAAAAAAAAAACCCACAAACCCUCUUGUGUCCAUGACAGAAUGGCCACUACUUGCUUCAAUUUAACAAAAUCCUCUUUCUCCAGAGAGUCAGCGUUAAGGAUGAGUAACUUAAACAUCUAGCUGGGGAAAUGAAGUAAUAGAAAUAUUUCUUGUUGAAAGGCAGGAUACAGAGAACUGCUAUGACUUUAGACAAGACCGCAUUGACAUUUUUCAAUAGGCCCGGAGCACUGCCUGACCAAAGAGCAUGAUGUUUCCGUCCUAACAUUGUUUCAGACAGCUUCAUUGCAUGCUAAACAGAAAAAGUCAGUACAGUCAACUAAUAUUUGGGGACAUCUGUGGCCAGCACAAGCCAGGAUCACUUCUUAUAUCAGAUUGUAUUAAGCAUUGUUUUUUUACAUUCAAUUAGCUAAACCACAAUCAUUAACCACAAAUAAAAUCAGUUUUUAUUCAGCUUUCAAA